AUGGAGGAGCUGAGCUUCCUCCUCCAGAACUACUCGACGCACGACUCCAGCGCAGAGGCCGACAGCCACUUGCAGACGAGCUGGGAGCAGCAUUCAAAGAGCCACUCCGGCCGUGGGUCGCUCCUGUCAGUGAGCAGCGCCCCCAGCAGUGACGCUUCUGGCGCGGAGCCCGAGGAGCAGGGGACCCAGAGGAGGGCAGACACGCCUUGGGUGUCAACGCCGUCCAGGAAGAUGAGGCGAACGUCCACGCUGCUCAAGAUGACGGACAUCCGGACGCUGCUUGACCAGGCGGGGACCCUCCACUUUGACGCGAUCGCCUUCGCGGGGCUGCCCGCGGUGAGGAGCAAGCCUCUGCAGGUCCUCGGCCAGUUCCUGCUGGAGGAGAGUGGCGACGUGCUGGAGGAUCUCCAGAAGCACGGCUGGGUCGAGGACGGCGAUACUUUUCGCAGCAGGCUCUUCCAGUUUCUGGAGACCAUCGGCAGCCUUUAUAGCAGGGAGGCGGACCACUCCUGCGCGCACGCGGUGGACGUGACCUCGACGAUGGAGUGGUUCGUGCAGAUGCCCUUCGUGACUGAUCGCACGACGCCGCUGGACCACCUCAUGUGCCUGCUGGCCGCAGCGAUCCACGACGUCGGCCAUCCAGGUACAAACCCGCUGUUCCACGUGACGACCAUGUCCGAACUGGCCAUCCGCUACAACGACAAGAGCAUCCUGGAGAAUUACCACAUAUCCCUCGCGUUCGAGACCAUGCUGAAGCCCAUGAACAACUGCAACUGGUUCGAGCUGCUCCAGAAGAACUUCAGGCAGGGCGCCUCGCCCUGCGUCAACAUCCAGAAGUACAUGCGGCGUGGCCUCGUGGCCAUGGUGCUGGCGACGGACAUGUCGGGGCACGCGAAGCACGUGCAGAAGCUCCACGAGAUCGGUGGGGACGAGGAGGCGUGGCUGACGGUGGCCCCCGAGGGGCAGGAGGAGGAGUUCGUGGAGCGGAAGCUGUUCCUGCUGGAGACCGUGCUGCACGCCGCGGACCUCUCCAGCCCCUGCAGGCCGCGCAGCAUCAUGCUCGGCUGGACGCAGCGGGUGCUGGCCGAGUUCUGGUCCCAGGGGGACGAGGAGAUCCGCCUGGGGCUGCCCGUGUCGCCCCUCUGCGACCGGCAGGCGGGCCUCGCGACGGUGCCCAAGGGCCAGCUCGGCUUCCUGCAGUUCGUGGUCCAGCCCUUCUACACCCAGAUCGCCGAGCUGAUGCCCGAGGCCCAGGAGGCCACCGAGCUGAUGACGCAGAACAAGGAGUUCUGGGAGAACAUGGAGAAAGAUAAGGCCACGUAUGACGAGAUCUUUCCCGAGUAG